ACUCAAGUUUCAAAAACGGCGCACAUUAUGUUCAAAACUAGUUCAAGUAGCCUGCGCUCGCAAUAGUUGCCAAAUUUAGUCCAAUAGUUUCUCGGUAGAGUAUCAGUCAACGUCAUCCAUUAUCCGUUAUUGAACACGUUUUUCAAGUGAUUUGUUAGUGGGAAAUGGAAGCGCCAAUUCUAAUUUGCUUAUUUGUGUUGAAGGUCGAAUAUAGAGUCGUUAUAAUGAAAAUAUAGAGUAAUUGUGGGUGGGCUGCGACGGAAAGGGAAAAGGUCUUUGCUAAACCAAAAUCCUUAGACAUAACCAUGGCGACCAAGGCAGCUCUUGGUAUGGAACUGAACCUGUCAGCGAUGAAGAAGGACCUGCAGACUAUUCGGACCCUCUGUAGGCAACGUUACCUUCGGCACUGCAGCAAAUGGUGUGGGGAGAUGCUGAUGGCACUACAAGAUGUCAAUGAAGACCCACAAGAGCCGGUCGGAGCGGCUCCCCCGCCAGAGCCGGCGGAGGCCGCCGAACUGGAGACUGUGGAGCUGGCACACGACUACCUCACCCUGGGCGAGCUGGACCGGGCCGCCCACCAGAGCCGCCACUGCACCGGCGGCCGCGGACGCUUCCUGCACCUGUACUCGCGGUACCUGGCGGCCGAGCGGCGCCGGGCCGAGGACGCGCCCGAGCCGUUGGCGCCGGCGCCGCGCACCAAGUGUGUGGAACUCACCGAGCUGCGCGCCGAGCUCCAGCCGCUCUGCGAGUCGCCGGCCGGUGGAGACGGAGACGGCUUCAUCAGCUACCUGUACGGCGUGGUGCUGCGGCGGCUGGAGCUGCGCGCGCCGGCCGUGCGCGCGCUGACCGACGCCGUGCGCCGGCAGCCGCUACUCUGGCAGGCGUGGCUCGAGCUGGCCGCGCUCGUCACCGACCGGGAGAUGCUGGCGCGCCUCCAGCUGCCUGACAACUGGAUGUGCCAGCUGUUCUUCGCGCAGGUGUUUCUGGACCUGCAGCUGAACUCGGAGGCACUGGCCAUCUACCGGGCGUUUCAGGAGGCCGGGCUGCAGCGGUCCUCCUACCUCAGUGCGCAGAUCGCCAUCGGAUAUCAGAACAUGCGAGAGGUCGACCAGGCCAUCGAGCUCUUCCAGAAUCUGCUGAAGGAGGACCCGUGCCGACUGGAGAACAUGGAUUCCUACAGCAACCUGCUCUACGUCAAGGGCAUGCAGGUGGAGCUGUGCAGCCUGGCGCACAACCUCUCCAACAUCAACAAGUACAGUGUCGAGACGUGCUGCGUCAUCGGCAACUACUACAGCCUCAAGAACCACCACGAGAAGGCCAUCCUGUACUUCCAGCGGGCGCUGCGGCUGAACGCCAACUAUCUCUCUGCCUGGACGCUGCUCGGCCACGAGUACCUCGAGCUGAAGAACACAAACGCGGCGAUCCAGUGCUACCGGCAGGCGAUCGACGUGAACCGUCUCGACUACCGGGCCUGGUAUGGCCUCGGUCAGAUGUACGAGAUCCUGAAGAUGCCGCUCUAUUGUCAGUACUACUACAAGCAGGCGCACCAGCUGCGGCCCAACGACAGCCGAAUGCUGAUGGCCAUGGGAGAGUCGUAUGAGAAGCUGGAUAAACUGCAGGAGGCCAAACGCUGCUACUGGAAGGCGCACAGCAUCGGCGACAUCGAAGGUGUCGCCCUGCUGCGGCUCGCCAAACUAUUCGAGCGUCUCUGCGAGCCGAUGCGCGCGGCGGCUGCCUAUGCCGACUACAUCCGCGACUCAGAGGGCCAGGACAUCUGGGACCGGGACGAGCAGGCGCAGGCCUACCGCUUCAUGGCCAACCACUUCCUACUGCGGGGGCAGCUAGACGAGACGGCUCACCAUGCGGCGCGGUGUACCGAGUUCCCCGAGACCCGCGAGGAGGGCAAGGCCAUACUGCGUGAGGUGGCCCAGCGGCGGGCAGAGGAGGCGGCCGCGAGGGGCGGGGAGGCACCCGGAGCGACCGGGGCAACCUCAGCAACAGCGACAGCCGCGGGAACGGCGGCGACGGCCGGGCCCAGCGAGACGCCGCUCGGUAUGUCACCCCUACCGCCCUAUAGGCUACUCUUCAGUCCGUGAUGGAAAUGGUGCUGAUGGGGGGGGGAGGGGGAUAGGGAGGGACGUGACCAGAACGUGACGCGUUCCGUGACUUGACAAUGAGCGUCCAGGUGGGCAAGGUGACGCGCUUUUCCCGAGAAAUAUAUGUCUGGUCAUUUCGUACGUAAGCUGUCGUUUUGCCCUAGAGCUCAUGCUUGGAAUGAGGCGAGCUUUGAAACAGACUGGCAAACGAUAAAUCGUGAUAUGAUCGUGAUACCGCGACAUCUUUUGCCCUCGGUCCGGACAGAAUACAAGCGGAGACGA